ACAGUGGAUUUGUAAUCAUCACCAAUGCAAAACUCUUCAUGCAAAUAUUCAGUGACAGUACCAGAUUUGAAAGGAAGACUUUUAAAGAGAACCUGGAAUAAUUUCUCCAAACCCCAUGAAAGAGGAAGAAGAAAAAUGGGGUCUCCAGUACAAAGCAGGAAGCUUAUGACUAAAGUACAGGCAAAUGCUGCCUCUCUUCCCCUGCCUACGCCUUACCGCUGUAGAUUCUGGAGUAGGAAACUGAAAGAGAAUGCAUCUGAUGCCAGCAGCAAGUGGAAAGGGACCUACUUCUUCAGACAGAAAAGAAUAAGGAAAUUGGAUCUAGUUGUUUGUAAAAGUCUCAGAAGCAACAGUGCAAGAAUCAGAACUGUGGAAAAAACAACAAAGCUAGAAGAAAAUGACCUAUCAGGCAACUGUACAAAGUCACCAGGUAAAGAGAAUGAAUUUCAGGAUAGUUUGUUAAAUCAGAAAAGGUAUCUUGGUCAGAGUGACGGAUUUGGUCAUUUGGAAUCUGCACAGAAUUUUACCCGGAAGCAGGCAAAGAUGGAUGCAGAUGGUGAUGAUAAAAAGCUGUGCACACGCUCAAAAGGAACCAAGGUGCAAGUGGACUCUAUAGCUCAGGAGCUCAGUGCCUACAAAUGCUCCAUGGCUAAGAAGAGAAAAGCUGAAGAACAGAUUUCAGGAGUUCCAGUCAAUAAAAGGAAGUCCCUGUUAAUGAAACCCCGUCACUACAGUCCCACUGUGGAAUGCAAAGAAGAAAAUGAGGACAGAACAGAGUUGCAGGAGGACAUCAAUGUCCUCGAAACAAAUGACACGUCUGCUACAGAAGAAAAUACUACAAAAUCACCUGAUGAAACCUCUCAUUCAGGUGGGCAAGAAAACUCCAGUCAAACAAAGGACAACUACACCCGCUAUCAGGACCUCGUGGUCAAAUCUUUAAUGAACAUGGGAAAACUAGCAAAAGAUGCACCAGUUCAAAUGGUGACUGAGAACCUAAAUGACAGUGGCAUCCAGUCCUUAAAAACAGAAAGUGAUGAUGUUGAUGAAUGUUACACAAUUAACUCAUCGGAAGGAAAAGAAAAGAUUUGUGUUUCUGACCCACAAUACUGUUCAUCUGAAGACAAUGACAAUGAAAGUAGCUCUGAAAUUUUGGACAAUGAAUGGGACAGUUCCUCAAAUUUCUCAGAAGACACUAGCAUAAAGCCCCAUGUAACUCAGAGAUAUAUUGCAGGAUGUAACCGACAAGACAUUCUGGAAGUUCCAGAAAUUAAGACUGAAGAAGCAGAAUUUCGCCCCUGUGAAACAGUUUGUGACUCAGAAACAGAGCUAAGAGAAUCACAGGAAUCUCAUGUUGAUCCUUUUGACAAGAGAAUUCAGAAUCCAUUCCCUGAAAGCGAGGAAGAUGAUGAGUGCCUAUCAGAAACUACAGAUGUAUCAGUUGACCUGGACAAAACAAAAGGGAAUUUGAGUUUGCUAGAACAAGCGAUAGCUCUGCAGGCAGAGCAAGGUCAUGUGUUUCACAGCACCUACAAAGAAUUGGACAGGUUUCUUUUGGAGCAUUUAGCUGGGGAAAGGAGACAAACCAAAGUUAUUGACAUUGGUGGGAGACAAUUCUAUAAUAACAAACAUUCACCCAGGCCUGAAAAAAGAGAAACCAAAUGUCCCAUCCCAGGAUGUGAUGGCACAGGGCAUGUGACUGGGCUGUACCCGCAUCACCGCAGUCUCUCAGGCUGUCCGCAUAAAGUCAGAGUGCCACUAGAAAUUCUUGCCAUGCAUGAAAAUGUUUUAAAGUGCCCCACUCCAGGAUGUACUGGAAGAGGACAUGUCAACAGCAAUCGCAACACACACAGAAGUCUUUCUGGCUGUCCAAUUGCUGCAGCUGAAAAAUUGGCAAUGUCCCAGGAAAAAAAUCAGCAUGAUUCUCCUAAAACUGGACAGUGCCACGCUCAGGUUCACAGUCUCUGCAGGACAAACUUAGCAAAGCAGCUCGAGCUCUCUCAGUACAAUUACCGAACUGCACAGCCAGCCACCUCUCCCAGAGCCACCCUGACAAAAGAGCAAGAGAAGUUUGGGAAAGUACCAUUUGACUAUGCCAGCUUUGAUGCACAGGUCUUUGGCAAACGCACAAUGGCACCAGCAGUGCAAGGCCAAAAAACCCCAGCAUUCCUUGAAUCAAAGCAUUUUUCACAUCCAGUGAAAUUUCCUAAUCGACUGCCUAGUGCUAGCGCCCACACACAGAGCCCUUGUCAUGCCAACUCUUAUAGCUACGGUCAAUGUAGUGAAGACACCCACAUAGCAGCAGCUGCUGCUAUCCUGAACCUUUCCACCCGCUGCAGGGAAGCAGCAGAGAUCCUCUCCAGCAAACCGCAGAGUCUGGCUGCCAAGGGAGCGGAGAUAGAAGUGGAUGAAAAUGGCACUCUGGAUUUGAGCAUGAAAAAGAACCGAAACCAGGACAAGGUUAUGCCUCUAACUUCUUCCAACGCAGCACUUCCCACUCCUUCCUCUUCUCCCUUCAAAACCAGCAGCAUUCUGGUAAAUGCGGCCUUCUACCAGGCUCUCUGUGAACAGGAGGGCUGGGAUACGCCAAUCAACUAUAGCAAGACACAUGGCAGGAAAGAGGAAGAGAAAGAGAAAGAUCCAUUGAGCUCCCCAGAAAACCUGGAGGAAAAAAAGUAUCCAGGAGAUGUCUCCAUACCAAGUCCAAAACCCAAGCUCCAUCCAAGAGAUCUCAAGAAGGAACUCAUCACCUGCCCAACUCCAGGAUGUGAUGGCAGUGGUCAUGUAACAGGAAACUAUGCAUCACACCGCAGUGUUUCCGGGUGCCCAUUAGCCGACAAGACGUUAAAAUCCCUUAUGGCUGCCAACUCUCAGGAGCUUAAGUGUCCCACACCUGGUUGUGAUGGCUCUGGUCAUGUGACUGGAAAUUAUGCUUCACACAGAAGCUUGUCUGGUUGCCCUCGUGCCAGGAAAGGUGGUGUCAAAGUUACUCCUACCAAGGAAGAAAAAGAAGACCCUGAACUUAAAUGUCCAGUGAUAGGCUGUGAUGGCCAAGGUCACAUAUCAGGUAAAUACACUUCUCAUCGCACUGCUUCUGGUUGUCCUUUGGCUGCCAAGAGACAGAAGGAGAGUCCUCUCAAUGGGUCUUCAUUAUCCUGGAAACUGAACAAACAAGAGCUGCCACACUGUCCUUUGCCAGGCUGCAACGGGCUGGGUCAUGUUAAUAAUGUUUUUGUCACCCACAGAAGCUUGUCAGGGUGUCCUCUGAAUGCACAAGCCAUAAAAAAGGGCAAAAUCUCAGAAGAACUAAUGACUAUCAAGCUUAAAGCAAGUGGGGGUAUCGAGAGUGGUGAGGAAAUCAGACACUUGGAUGAGGAAAUAAAAGAAUUGAAUGAAUCCAAUCUUAAAAUUGAAGCUGACAUGAUGAAACUUCAAACCCAGAUCACAUCUAUGGAGAGCAAUCUGAAAACAAUAGAAGAAGAGAACAAACUUAUAGAGCAGAACAAUGAGAGCCUGCUGAAGGAAUUAGCUGGCCUAAGCCAAGCCCUCAUCACCAGCCUUGCCGACAUUCAGCUUCCACAAAUGGGGCCAAUCAGUGAGCAGAACUUCGAAGCAUAUGUAAAUACACUCACAGACAUGUACAGCAAUCUGGAACGGGACUAUUCCCCGGAAUGCAAAGCUCUGCUGGAAAGUAUCAAACAGGCAGUGAAGGGCAUCCAUGUGUAGGAUGUGAAGGCUGCUGGGCAACAGAAAUUACUUAACAGCAGUAAACUCCAGAUGGAUCUGUUAGGAUUUCAUGUACUGCUAAGGCGUGUAGGUUGCCGUGCUGCAUUUACAAUUGCAACAUUGCACUAAUUUUCCCAGCUGACAUAAAAAGGAAGGAAAACACAACAGACUAUUUGUAUUAACAGCAAUGCACUCAAUUAAUAUAUUGUAUUUAUUUCAGUACAAUUCCUUUUUUUCCUUCUUUUGCACUCAGUUUUUGUAAAGUGAAUGUAAAAAGUGUGUGCAACUAUUUUUUAUAUUUUUAUUUAUUUCUAAUCAAAGAGUUGUGUUUUUUUAUCUUUUAACAGCAUUUUUGCGGCCUGCCAUAUUUUUACAAAUGUGUUUAUUAAUUUAUUUUCCAGUGGGAUUUUAAAUAGACUGAAAGUUAUACUGUAAAUUAAAUAUCUUGCUGGGUUUGUACAGGAAGAAAAAAAAUACUAUGAAAGUAACAAAUGACUGAACUGUUGUUCUAGUUUUAUUUUCAUCACAUACUGCUUUUUUAUAAUGGCUUUGUAUCAGAAAUGGGUUUGCAGUAACAUAAGGUGUGAGGAAGCAAGGAAUGAAAAGAUAAAUGGCUCCCACUAGUGGGGAACCGGCGCUCUAGAAAGCACAGUUUGCUGGAACACAGUGUGUUGAAGAAUUGUUAGCAAUAAUGAAAUAUAGCAAUCAGCAAAGCAUUUGACUCAGCUGUGUGUUCUAGCCCACACAAACAAUUAUUUAAAAUGUUUCAGAAGAACUUCAGAAUUAUUUUAACAAUGCAGGUUUUUUUUCCAAGUUAGUUCAGAGAGAAAAACUAAUCAUCCCUAAGCAAGAGAGAUGAUUUGAUGCGACUGGUACUUUUUUAGUACAAUAUGUUGUUACGUUAGACAAGUGACCAAUAUGAUUAUGCAUUUGUAUUUGCAAAAUACAAAAGCAUCCAAACUGAAGAUUUUGUACAUACCAGUUAAUCCAACAAAUCUCCCCUGAAAUGGCAUUUAUCAUACUAGUUGGAACUGAGAGAAGCUUAGAAGGCAGCAACCUGGAGAAAAAUAAUACUCCAGUCUCACUGUAAUUGGUUUUCUCUUAACCUGAACUGUAGCAAUGCACUGGUUGGUUUUAACCCCUCCUUAUACACAAAGACAAUGUUGGUAUUGAAUCGGUUACCAGUCUUUUGGUAGGGUGCCAAGUGCUACAGUACAUACAGACACACACAGACGCACACAUGUGCAAAGGUACUUGGCUGUGCAUCUGUAUUCAGUUAGCCUGGGUUUUGAAUUUCUGAAUCAAUCAGAGGUUAGUAGUUGCUAUAACAGAGGCAAUGUCUAUUUCAGGGAUUGUAAGUAAUUAAGCACUAUUUCAAAAGUUUUUUUUUAUAUUUAUUUUUUUUAAAAGAAAAGGUGUAAACAACCAGCUAAACUGCCUUUUUUGUAUGCACACACCCCUCAUGUGCAUAUGUGCCUCAGUGUAAAUGUAUACAUGACUCUAGCGUGUGUUUAAUUUUUCUGUGCUACAAUGAAAGUGUUUAUUUUUAUUAGCCUCAUUUAUAUUUAGACUGAAUAUGAUGGCAUUCAUAGGCUUGACAUAUACAAAUAUAUUAUUACUGUUCCUGCACAAAACGUAAUAUUCAAAGGUGAUUCAACUCAUGCACUGUUGUCACUAUUCUGCAUUAGGUGGGGCUUGCUUUUCAUUUGAGAGUUGGUUUAACCCUCUAAUCUUAGACAGAAGAAGAUGUAUGUUCUUAGAAGCUGUGUUUAUUUUUAAAUCAAUUUUUCAAAAGCUACCGUAUGUGCUGUCUAAUAUAAAUAGGAAGACACCAAACAAAAAUUUGCUAUUAAAGUUAUUGUACUUGCUAAAAACAAGCAGACAUUUGCUAUACUUGUUAAAUGCAUACAAAAUGAGUUCACUCAUUACAAAGACUAAAAUGUAAUUAACUACAUAUUUUAACAAAUUUGUUAUAUAUUUUAUUUAAUUUACAUUUAAAAAAAAUCUCUUGCCAACCUAUAUAUUUAUUACUAUGAUUUACGAUGGCUUCAGGUUAAUUUGUCUGUGUUUGGAUUGUUUGCUCAGGAUGUUUUGUGAAGUAUGUUCAUAUUUAUUUGCUUCCUUUGUACUUGAUGUGUUUUGUAAUGUGCACUGAUUUUUUUUUCUUUUUCUUUUCUUUUGUGUGUUAAACUGCAUUGAUGAGCUAUACUGUAAAUUAGACCUU